GCUACGCACCAAGCCUAGGGUUUCUCAUUCACAGACGGUGCGGCGGCCUCAUCAAACCAGCAUCGUCUCUACCGGCGUCGGAACUUCACUACCUUACUUGAAGAUCCUCUUCUCUCACUCACCAUGGGGAAAACACGUGGAAUGGGAGCGGGACGCAAGCUGAAGUCCCACCGUAGAAGACAAAGGUGGGCUGACAAAGCGUACAAGAAAUCCCAUCUUGGAAAUGAAUGGAAGAAACCAUUUGCCGGAUCUUCCCAUGCCAAAGGCAUUGUUCUAGAAAAGAUUGGUAUUGAGGCUAAGCAGCCUAACUCUGCUAUCAGAAAGUGUGCUAGAGUUCAGCUUAUUAAGAACGGGAAGAAGAUUGCGGCGUUUGUUCCGAACGAUGGUUGCUUAAAUUACAUUGAAGAGAAUGACGAGGUUCUCAUUGCUGGAUUUGGUCGAAAAGGACACGCUGUCGGUGAUAUUCCCGGUGUCAGAUUUAAGGUGGUGAAGGUUUCAGGUGUAUCUCUUCUUGCUCUUUUCAAGGAAAAGAAGGAGAAGCCAAGGUCUUAAGCUAAGGUAGAUUAUGUCUCCAUUUUCUUCUCUUCUUGCCAGAGACAACGAAUCACGAGUUAAGUUAGAUUAUUGGGUCGGGUAAUAGAAACUUUUGCACUGCAAUUCUAUUGUUGAGACUUGAUUAUCAAGCAUGAUUUUCUUUGCAAUGAGAACAGCUUCUGUUAUUGUGUUAAUUUCAGGAAGUUUUGUCU